CAACGCCCUGCAAGUCAUCCGAGACAUCGCACACUCGUUUCCCAGUCGCUCUUGUCGCCCGCAGCACGUCCACUGGCCCACCCCAUAUAUAUGCCAUGGAGCCUCCGCCAAAGCGCCUGCGCAUCCUGCACUCGGUCGAAGUGGACGAAUCGAACCCUGACUAUGUCCACGCGAAGCAGAAGCAACAACAGAAGUUCAAGGGCCGCCUCGAGUCCAUCUUCGCCAAAUAUGAGCACAUGCACGAGUCGAUGAGCGACGAGAUCGACAUGACCACAAACACGCUGGUUGUGGACAGAGGGCACUUGAGGCGUCUGAAUCGACAGGUCUCGCGGAAAGAGACGAUGCUGCUGGACAAUCUGUUGGAACGGGGCCCAGAGCCAGAGGACGAGUCUGACGGGGGGGAAGACUAUGACACCGAGGACGAACUUGCGCCAUCGCGGGAACCCAAGUCGAACAGUGAAGGAAGCGCAAAGGCCAAAGGGGAACUGCACCACACAUCUACAGGGGAAGGCGCGCACCCCCCCUCUCCAAACAACAACCAACUCGACACACAAUCGCCAAACAAUCCGUCAAACGCCAUGUUGCCAGCUAGUGCGCUGCAGAUUCCACAUACACCGAACCCCGCGACAAACCUGCUGCAGUUUGUGCAGUUCCCGCAAACGCCAGAAGGGCAGCAGGCGCAACAUGCCUUCUAUUCCAACUUGACCAUGACCAUUAAUCACGCCGUACAACAGGCUGUGGCGCCUCUUUUUUCGAACAUGCUUGGACACACACCGAAUGCGCAAACACCCUUUGCGCAAUGUUUGUCAGUGCCCGCAAUGCCAAUGACUGUUGGCGACACAAUAACUCCAGCGAGAGAUCCAAAGUGGCUUUUUCCACCACUUCCCGAUCGCCUACCCAAGCCCCAGGAUGCGCAAUCGAGCCCCAUCCCAAUCGCCGCCAACAACUCGACGCUCAGGAAGUCCCUUCUCCAAGCCCGUCAAGAGAAUGCCACACGGCAGCAGCAAAACGAGAGUGGGCCCGAGACACCCACAGUAAAACCCGCUUCACGCAAAGCGCUUAAACCCGUCACAAACCUGAAAGGUCAACCGACCCCACCAAGGCGAAGUAGUCCACGGGUGGAAGUUCGAAAGGAGCGGUUGUCGAAAGCGAGAAUAUAUAAUUUUACUGAAGAGGAUGAUAUCUUCAUUAGCAAGAGGAAGGAGCUUCACAAACGCACUUGGACUCAAAUCAGGGCAAGCAGAGAGAAGUGGAAGGAUUGGCCACUCACUACAUUCAGGCAGCGCUGGCAUCAACAUCUGAAGAGCAAAAGUCUUCAUUUGACAGAUACUUCGACCGCAAAUCCCGCUACAUAUCACGACGCAAUAUCUGAUACACUGCAUUAUGAAGCCCCGCAGUCGCCUGCUUCAACACACCACCUUCCCACGCCGACUUCGUUAGAACACGAGGACAGUGGCAGUAGGGAGGUACCGGAGACCGACUCCGAGCCCGAACCCGAGAUCACGGACGAAGCGAAAGAAGUCCCCGAAUCCUCCAACGCGCACUACGACGACGACGAGCUGGACCUCCUUUCCCUUGCCGACACCGAUCCAGACCCAGCCCAAGACCCAAACCCAGAACAAUCCCCCAUCAUAGACGACGCGUUCCUCUCCCCCGUCCCAGAAGACACAGUCCUCCCCUCCAUAGAGCCAGCAGACUUCACCAACGAAGUCCUCACAACCCACCACCACCACCUUCUCCUCCCCAACCCCUCCCCAACAGAAGAAGUCCACACCGACUCUCUCCCCCCCACAAUCCCCCCGCCAGCAACCCGCCUCCCCGCCUCCCCACCAGCAAAAAAACGCAAACAGAACCCCAAACCCGCACACAUCCCGUCCUUCCAAGCCGAGCCCGACUCCGACUCCGAUUCCUCCCCCGCCCUCAAUCUCAUCGCUACCAACGACACGCUGCAAAACGACAUGUACUUCCCCCCCGCCACCCCGCGCAUAAAACGCGAGUCCCACUCGCCGCUGCAAACCUGCCUGCUCAGCACGCCCGCUGUGCUGAAAACGCCCGCGUCGGAGGCGGCGAAAUCUGCGUCUGGGAUGAGUCGGAAGAAGUUUUUGAAUCGGGUUAAGCAGAGUUGGUCGACGGGGAAGGGGCGGAAGAGGGGGAGCUUGAAUGGGGGGGUGGAUGGGAAUGUGGAUGUUGGGUCGAGGAAGAGGGCGUGGGUUGGGGAGGGGGAUGAGGAGGGGGAGGAGAGUGAGGAUGAGUUGGCUAGGUGA